AUGUCGCAUAGAAUGAAGACCAUAGCAAAGCCGAAGAAUGACUGGCAGGAAUCGAAGCUCUACGUGCUGCCCGGGGACCUAGAGGGACACCGAAACAUCGGAGACCACCCGUAUCGGGCGAAGAAGAGUGCUCCAGUCUGGCCCUUGAAGCUUGAACCGUGGAGCAGUGCCGGCAGCGGUGAUUUCGAAAAUGUGGAGAAACCUAGGGCCACUGAGAACGCGCGUCUUGUCACCGAGAAAGGACAUCUCGAGGAGGCUUCAAUCGCCAGUAGAAGCAGGUACGAGCAAUUCAAGUCGAAAGUGUCUGGCAGAGGAGGAAAGGCGGACACGGCUGCCCAUUCGCGAGUCGUCGUCAUCCGGGCCGACGAUGGUGUCGAGUACUACGAGCACUUCGAUUGGAGGAUACUUCUGGGGAGCGAGUGUCGCACAGUUGUGUGGGAGCAUGCUGACCAGCUGUUCUUGGGGUUCCAAGACACUGCGACACUGACCCCAUGGGCUGCAUUUGGUUUCACGUCCGCACGAGUAGUGGCCGCGCUCCGCAUCAAGAUCGCCCUGCUACAUGAUGAACGCAGCGAAAAUCCUGCUCUCACGUCCAGCCAGUCUGAUUUGUCAGGUGGAUCUGGGCGGCCGGACUCCGUGAAGUGCGGUGGUUGUCAGGCGCAGUUCGUCGGUCAGUGCUCUGCUCCACCCAUCUGGACCAGGGAUGCUGACGAGGGGCGUGAAUGCAGAGAUAGUGCGAAGGUUACGCUCCCUGUCGCUAGCCGUGACCACCCAUCAAUCCAUCUGCGCGAUGGAAGGGGACGCACGCUCGCGCAGGCCAGUACGGGCGAGCAUCUACUCGCGAAUACGAAGCAUGCUAGUCCUCAUGAAACCUGGCCCGCCUUUCUGAUCGCAUUCUCGGGUGUGACAUUGCCUUCAAAUCGCUCGAAAGAAGGGACUCCUCAACCAGUCGUCUGUUUGCUCUCAUUCAAGUUGGAGGUGCGAUCAGGAAUACCAAACUGCAUGACUGACACAUCAUUCCGAGGGCAACCAGGAUCGUACGCAUGUGUGGCUGACAAGUUCGAUGCAUCGGUCCCGCGGGUCUGCCCGAUCCAGAGAACGUGUGGUGGGCGGUGGGCGGCCGCCGUCAAGACUGCCAAGGUUUCGGUUCUCAGCUUUUUGCCCAUUCAAAGUGCUUAUGAGGCAAACCAAGUGCUUGUGCAUGGGGCCGGCAGAGGGGCGAGAGGGGCGGAGAUGGGUGGAAGCACCGCGCGCCAGACGAGAGGGCCCUGGACACGAAGUGCGGCGGCAAGGGACACGAAGCGGCGCUCAGAUCCCGCCUGGAUUCGCGUGCCCAAAGCGGCAAUCCCUCCUCCGCAUGCCACUGAAUGCGCCGCGGCGGGCUCGCGCACUUCCUCCUGCAGCGACAAGGUCCGACCUCGGCGGCGGGUGGAGACGCUGUCCGACGUCAGCACCAGCUCGGCAGCUGACACAGUGAUGGGCGGGUGCUUGGCAGGUUGGAGCACCCGACGGCAGCCUCGCGUUCCUGCAGAAGGUGGACGGGCGGGCAGUUCGGCGAGCGCCGUUUGUAUCAAAUCGGAAUUGCGGCCGGGGAUAGAGGGUGCCUACUGCUAUGCGCUCGGAAAGGGAUGCAAAUGGAACCUUUUGGCUUCGUACGAUACAUCGACACACCAGAUCAUCUUACUUCGAUCCCGAGACCCGGGAGUGAAAGUUUAUGGAGAACGCAAAGUGUCGCACGAUUUGGAAGACUGCGAAAGGUUGACCGCCGGUGGAGGAUCUGUCGAAGAAAACUCGGUGUGCACGCCAAUCACUGGUGGUGGGAGUCUAUGCCGGCAGCGCAUCCGAGGCUUUCUCCGUGCACAGCGUGAUGCCAGCACGGGCUUCCAGGAGGAAGAUGACACGACCCGGCCGGCGCUCGGGGUUGCCGGCAGGAAGCGUCGAGAGCAGAUUCCAUCAGGCCGGGCGUUGGACGGGGACCGCCGAGCUGCGAUUGGCCGGGCUCCUGCAAAGGGAGGUACUGCUGAGCGCAGCAUUGAGGCCAACCCGGACGAACUCGACGCGAAGCUCGAGCUGCUCUCCCAGCUUUGCCUGACCGAGUCCCCGCGCCAUUCCCGCAAGCCGUCCUUCGUCGACGAACCCCACGCGCGCGACAACCCCAGCAAGCCCUCGUACGUCGAGGAGCACUGGCUUAACGCCGACUAUUCCUGGGUCUCGGACGCGGCACACGACUCUGCUGUCGACCUGUCUACCGCGCUCGCCGAUGAGGAAGAUGGUGCACACCUCUACGACCCAACAUUCUUCUCGGACCCUCGCACGCCGACCUCUGAGACCCAUAGCGCGUUCGCAUCGCACCCACGCGCGUACGGCGAAAAAGACAAGGCGAAUGCCCUCUUGGGAAGAUGUCCGCUCGGUUCGGGGAAUGUGCAUCGUGCAAAGUGCGGUUGGGGGAAAGCCGACUACCCCAAUAGCGCACAUUUUGGAUCUGAGAAGGAUCAUUUGUAUACACACUGGCAAAUGCCACUGCCCGAAAUACCGCGCCCUUCGCUAGUCCGCGCGGGAGUGCCAGACGCGCCGCCUCCUUCCCCGCGCACAGCCAGUGCACCGUUCUUCGCAUCCAGGACGCCGCCGCGCUCCCCUCCUCGUUCGCCACUGCAGAUGGCGUUCUCGCUCUCGCCACCUCGCACUGCCCCGACGACGCCCUCUGCAACGCCACCCACUUCUCCGCGCAUCUCAUCUUCGCCCCCGCGCUCACCCAAGGCGCACACAUUCCCACGCGGCCCCCAGCGUGCGAGCCAGCCUGACGCCCGCCCUUGCCCGCCCGAUUCGCGCCCGCAGGUUCCGCAGCGUCAUGCGACCUUCCCAUCCAUCUCGUCGACCCUGGAGAACCUCGGGGAGCGGACGAGCCCUACGGAGAAGCGCUCAGGCAUGUACGUUGCGGACCCGAGUAUGGCUGCCGAUGGCGCCCCGCGCAUGAGGAGCGCCAGCGCCAGCAUUGGUAGGAGCAACGGCGAGACAAUCAAACCUGUCCUCGCGGGCGGCAGCCAGAGCCCCCAGCGGAAACAGCGCCCGACGCUCCCGACGCUAUCCACCUCCAGCUCGUCCCCGCAGUUGCGCACCUUCCCCGGCCUCGCAUCGGCGUCGACAGCAUCGUCCUCGUACAUGUCGUCAGAGUCGCCUGUGACGCUCGUGGGCUCGCCUAUUGUCAAGGCGCCCGCCGCGCUCGAGGCCUUCCCGUCCGAUUCGCUAGAUGACGAGGCCGCCCAGCCUUCAUCGAGGUGGUCCCUGGAUUCUGUCGCUUCGCGGCCCGCGCCGUCCUCUGUCCGCACACCGGCUGAGCCGACGGGUACGCAGCCGCAGGCUUCUGCAGGGAGGAAGCGCGACCGGCUGCUCAGCUUCAUCACGCGUGGGCGGUCUGGCUCACUCGGCAAAGCACCCGCACUCCCGAACAGCCCCCCGCCUCCUCCGCAGGAUGUGCUAGACAUCCGGUGCCCUGAGCCGUCGUUCGAGAUGGUCACGCCCCGCCCGUCGCUUUCGGUGCAAUCGCCGCUGCAAGCGCCCUCUGCGAUCUCUGUGGCGGCAUCGUCGUCGUCGAGCUCGUCUGCCGGCUCAUCGCGGUCAAGCCUGCCGACGCCCGCUGAACCGAUGCCCCCGAGACUACCUCCAAAGUUCAGCGACCCGUUCGCCUCUGCGCCGGAUACCGAGCCUUUCAUCUUGCGACGAUCUGUCUCGCACCGCUACUCCGGUGCGCCCUCGCUGCUCCCUCCUUUCGAACUGCCCCCACGAUCGGAAGACGCGGACUACGAUCGACCGCCAACGCCCAGUUCUCCACCACUCGAGCCGACGCUCCCACCGCCUUCGCCCGGCACGCCGUCGCCGUCGUUCUACCUGCCACCACGCCAGGACUCGUCGUUUUUAUCCUCGCUCGGGAUCAAGCGCGUGAAGCGGCGGCAGAAGAAGCUCGUCAUCUCGAACGUGCAGCCUACGUGGCGGGACGACAACCCGAACGAGCCAGAGCAGGAACGGCGCGAACGUGUGCGCAAGCAGCGGUACGAGAACGUGGUGCUGUGGUGUAAGAGCUUUGGCGAGAUCCGCAAGCUCGAGUGCAAGCCUGACGGGAGCGUGCACGUGUAUUACCGCGAAUGGGAGGUCGCAGACAUGGUGUGCCGGGUGCACGGCCAAGUUUAUAUCAAGGACGUCGGGCGGGUGAACCUGUCCUGGCAUUAUCUCAACUAG